CGCUGUCCCCCGGCCGCCGUCCGGGCGCGCGCAGGAGCGGGCGCGACUAUGCCAAGAUGGUCCUACAGGCGCGGAACAAGCACCGGGAGGCGGCUCCCAAGCCGCCCCAGCCGCCCCGAGCCUCGCAGUCGCCGCUGAGGGGAGCUCCGGACCUCGGCGCCGGGGAGCCCGGGCCCGAGCGCGCGCCGCCGUCCCCGGGGCGCAAGGGCGCCGCGGGCAGGAAGGGGCCCCGCGCCGAGCCCGCCGCGCCGCCCGCCGGGGGCGGCCUCGGGGGGCGCCUGGUGGCCGGACUGCGCGGGGCGCUGGGCCUGCGGCGCGCGGGGCGCGGCCGGACCUGGACCACGCUCCUGCUAGCUGCCUUUGCAGCAGUGUUGCAUUGGAGCCAUAUAACACACCUGUUUGAAAAUGAUCGUCAUUUUUCUCACCUCUCAACAUUGGAAAGGGAGAUGGCUUUUCGCACUGAAAUGGGACUAUAUUAUUCUUACUUUAAGACUAUUGUAGAAGCACCCUCAUUCUUGAAUGGAGUCUGGAUGAUUAUGAAUGAUAAACUGACUGAAUACCCCCUUGUUAUUAAUACAUUGAAAAGGUUCAAUCUUUACCCUGAGGUAAUCUUGGCCAGCUGGUACAGGAUUUAUACCAAAAUAAUGGACUUGAUUGGCAUUCAAACCAAGAUAUGUUGGACAGUUACCAGAGGAGAAGGACUCAGCCCUAUCGAAAGCUGUGAAGGAUUGGGAGAUCCUGCUUGCUUUUAUGUUGCUGUUAUUUUUAUUUUAAAUGGAUUAAUGAUGGCAUUAUUCUUCAUAUAUGGCACAUAUUUAAGCGGCAGCCGGUUAGGAGGCCUGGUCACAGUGUUGUGCUUCUUUUUCAAUCAUGGGGAGUGUACCCGUGUGAUGUGGACGCCACCUCUCCGUGAAAGCUUCUCAUAUCCAUUCCUCGUACUUCAGAUGUUGCUUGUGACUCACAUUCUCAGGGCUACAAAACUUUACAGAGGAAGCUUGAUUGCACUCUGCAUUUCCAACGUAUUUUUCAUGCUUCCAUGGCAAUUUGCACAGUUUGUACUUCUUACUCAGAUUGCAUCAUUAUUUGCGGUAUAUGUUGUGGGAUACAUUGAUAUAUGUAAAUUGCGGAAGAUCAUUUAUAUACACAUGAUUUCUCUUGCACUUUGUUUUGUUUUGAUGUUUGGGAACUCAAUGUUAUUAACAUCUUAUUAUGCUUCCUCUUUAGUCGUUAUUUGGGGUGUGCUGGCAAUGAAGCCAUAUUUUCUGAAAAUAAGUGUUUCUGAACUUAGUUUAUGGGUUAUCCAAGGAUGUUUUUGGUUAUUUGGAACUAUAAUUCUCAAGUUUUUGACAUCUAAAAUAUUUGGUAUUGCAGAUGAUGCUCACAUUGGCAACUUACUAACAUCAAAAUUCUUCAGUUAUAAGGAUUUUGAUACUUUAUUGUACACCUGUGCAGCAGAGUUUGACUUUAUGGAAAAGGAGACUCCGCUGAGGUAUACAAAGACAUUGUUGCUUCCAGUUGUUCUUGUAGUGUUUAUUGCAAUUGUUAGAAAGAUUAUUAGUGAUAUGUGGUGUGUCUUAACUAAACAACAAACCCAUAUAAGAAAACACCACUUUGAUCAUGGAGAGCUGGUUUAUCAUGCAUUGCAACUGUUAGCAUAUACGGUGCUUGGCAUUUUAAUUAUGAGACUGAAGCUCUUCUUGACCCCACACAUGUGUGUCAUGGCUUCCUUGCUGUGCUCAAGACAGCUGUUUGGAUGGCUCUUUUGCAAAAUACACCCUGGUGCUGUUGUUUUUGCUAUAUUAGCAGCAAUGUCGAUACAAGGUUCUGCAAAUCUACAGACCCAGUGGAAUAUUGUAGGGGAGUUCAGCAAUUUGCCUCAAGAAGAACUUAUAGAAUGGAUCAAAUAUAGUACUAAACCAGAUGCCGUGUUUGCAGGUGCCAUGCCCACCAUGGCGAGCGUUAAGCUCUCCGCGCUUCGGCCAGUUGUGAAUCAUCCACAUUAUGAAGAUGCAGGUUUGAGAGCUAGAACAAAAAUAGUAUACUCAAUGUAUAGUCGAAAAGCAGCUGAAGAAGUGAAGCGAGAAUUGAUAAAGUUGAAAGUGAAUUAUUACAUCUUAGAAGAAUCAUGGUGUAUAAGGAGAUCCAAGCCUGGUUGCAGUAUGCCUGAAAUUUGGGAUGUGGAAGAUCCUGCUAAUGCGGGGAAAACACCCUUAUGUAACCUCUUGGUGAAGGAGUCCAAGCCUCACUUCACCACCGUGUUCCAGAACAGUGUUUACAAAGUUCUAGAAGUUAUAAAAGAGUGACUGCUACAUGAAUUGCUGCCUCCAGAGAACUACAUCAGUAAUGGUUUUAAUGUUUUGCUAAGAAGUCAUGUGUUGUUUUUAAUUCAGAUCCCAAAAUCUUUUAUAGGUAACUGUUUUCAAAUAGAAAACGCUUUAUUUGGUUAAUUUGAAUGUCAUUCUGAUUGUAAAACAACGUAUACCUUUAUCAAUUGGUUACUAUUUCAAUGCAUCCCUUAAAAUUUGCUAUGCAAAUGAGUAUAUGCUUGUACUUAAACAUUUGUGCUAAAGUGAGCUAAGCUACCGGUCUAAAAAAAUAUGACAGAUCAUGUCAAGGGGGAUGUGAAUAGACUCAAUUCUAAACCACCGAGGGACACAUUUUACAGUGCAGGGGCGACUAACGCCCCUUGCUUUUUUCUUUUGCCUCUUGCUCUUGUCUUUUGGGAACUUUGUUGAUUCCUCUAAGCUCUCCUGUCACGUCAGCCCCUGCCGGCAGCCGGGGUGUAGAAGACGGGGCAGACGUGGGCCCUAGCUGUGUGGAAUCGUGUGUUUAUUUCACUGCUUCCUGUUGUCUGCUGCACUUGAGGGAAGCCUUCCCUGCCCGUUACUUGCCCAGGCUCGUGGAGUUAGUGCUUAGGACCAGGCGCCUGUCAGUUCCUUUACUGUAGGCCUGCGGCAUUACUGCCUGAAACUCCCACGUCUCCAACCCGUCUUCUCCCCAUCCCUGCCGUUCUUGUCCAAUAUGUGCUAUUUACUCCUUUAGUUGCUCAUCCAGUACUUACUCUUGGCUAAAAAAAAAAAAAAAAGAAAGAAAAAGAAAAAAAAAAAGUAAUGGUAGCUGUAUUUUUCUCAUUUUUAAUAUUAUUCAAAUGUUUAUAUUUUAAUACCUUUAAACCACUUUUAAAUUUUUUCAUGUUUAAUUGUAGUUUUAAGAAAAACUAUUUUGAACAACCCCAAAUAUAAUGUAUCUAGAAACUAAUGUAUAUUUGAUUAGACAUAAUUUACAGUGGGAUAGUAGCUAGAAGUAUAAGGUAAUUUUUCUUUUACUAUUCAAAUAUAAUUAAAAUGUGACUAAUUUUUGAGUCAAAAAGCAAAUAUGAUAAAUGGAGUUUUUAUAUUUUACUUUUAAGAUUGCCUGUCUUAAAUAAGACAUAGCCUUAAGCCUUAUGUUACAAUUUUGGUUCUAAAAACAAUUAUUUUAGUAUGACGAAUAAGUAUAUUAAGUCUUCCUCUUUUUUCUUGCUAUUUAUUUUUAUUUAGAAAAAUUUCCAAACUUACUUUGAAUUUUUUGUAUGAACUUUUUUGUCUCUUAGGAAUUAAUUUGUGUGAAAUGAGAUUCUUCAAAACAGUAAUAAAUCCUCACAGGUCAGAGAAAUGGUUUUAAAGUUUUAAACUCUAAGCAAACCAUGACUAUGACUGAGUAUACAUUUAAUUAUCCAGCGUUCUCUGUGUUAACCACAGACAGAGUAACCUCACUGUGGACUGUCCGGGAGCCGCGUCCUCCGGGAGGGCUCCUCGUGCUCAGUCCUGCGAGCCACCAGGAGCUGUUUGCUCUCUGCCAGAGGACACGGCUGGGCUGGGGGAGCACUGGCUUGUUGUAUCAGCCAGCUGCUGGGCCAGCACAGCCUGUGGAGGAGGGUGCCCAGAGCCAGCAGCUCCUUCUCCGGAGUCGGCCCUGGAGACUGAUUUGGUCAGUGUUCUGCGGACAUUGCUGGCUGGCUGCUUUAUCUCUAAGACUUUUGCCAGUUUCAGAAAGUAGGGAAGCUCCUGGAGAUUGUGGAUGAAGGGAAACAUUUGAACCGGGACGCAGCGACACGGAGACAGGAGAAGGGCCCUAGUGGCUGAGAAGCAAAGACUGGCUGGAGACAGGGAAGGUGUGCUCUGCUCUCCCUGCGACUGCUUCCCACCCAAGUCUGCCUGACGUUCUCCAGUCACCCCUCUGAAGCUAUUCUCUAUUCUUCUCACCUCCCAUAAAUUCCUUUCCUAAUAAAUUCUGAUGUAGGGAAUGAAAAUUCUGUACAGGGAAACAUUAAAAUGUUACUAUCUCUGUGCUGGGAAACAUGGAAGUCAGCUAAACAAGCUUCUUCCAGAAGAAUCCUUUGAUGACAGUACGGAUUGAUGUAACCCCACCAACAAGCUCUGGUUCUGCUCUGGACGAGCCAGUGUAGACGGGGCUCAGUGCACGCUCGGCCUUCAUCCUGUCUAGCGGCCACCGGCACUGGGGAAGUGUCUGGCAUGGCAACGCAGAGGAGCAGUAGCAGUGGGUUCCGUGUGAAUGGCAAAGCAGUAUUACGGCUCAGUAUUUUAUAUACCUUUAACAUUUUCGAAUACUUUUGUUUUAGUGUGAGGAAAGCAAGGUUGGGCAGGAGGUGACAAAAAUAGUUGUUGUUAUGACACUUAAGCAAACCAAGUUGAGGCAGUAUUUCUGUUAAAAAUAAUCCUCUAACAAUGUUGGCAGCAAGUGUAGUGUUAAAAUAGGCCAAUGAAAUUAAGGAGAAAAUGAAAGGAUGUAUCAGGAAUAAAGUAAUAUUGCAUAGAAGUAUUUUUAUGAAUUUUAUGCCACUUGUUUACACGUACUAUAUAUGUUAAAUAAAAAAGAUCAUGAAAA